AAAGAGAGAGAUGGCGGCAAGUGAGAUACCACUAUAUUCAAAAGUCUUGAACAAGCAUAAAAACAGAAAUACCCAGUCGUUACUGGAGCCUCUCUUGAAUGAUGGAUUCUCUGUACAUACAGCACUAAAAGCUUUGGCAGCUACUGGACAAAGAUCAGUAGAAGAUGCAACCAAAUGGUUGCAUUCUCACUGCAAUGAUCCUUCUUUGGAUGAUCCUAUCCCACAAGAAUAUGCCCUCUAUUUGUGCCCAACGGGACCACUCAAUGACAUACUGAUGGAGUUUUGGAAAGAAAGCAAACAUCAGUGUGGAAAAAACAGAGCCCACGAAAUUUUCCCGCACAUCACCCUUUGUGAAUUCUUUACGUGUGAAGAUCAAAAGGUUUGUGGCUUAUAUGAAGCCUUAAAAAGAGCAGGUGACCGAUUUUCCAGCUGCUUCCCCACCAUCAUCUCUCUCUCACUUCAUUCCUCCAGCAGCUACAUUGGCUUCUUCCUUAGCGAUGGUCCUUCAAAUAUCAUCAAAUCAUUUGCUGCAGCUUUUGCCACAGAGGCAAUGACCUUAGCAGACUGUUCUAUUAAACCUUCAACCAAGCAGCUCCAUCUUACAUUGGCCAACAAAUUUUAUCCUCACCAUCAAAAGACUUUGGAACAACUGGCCAAAUCAAUCAAUCCAAAGCAAGCCUGCAACUGGAUGGCAGCUCUGUAUUCCAGAGACAUGCGCUUUGUGCAUUACCAGGUUUUGAGAGCCUUAUUCCAGUAUAAGCCUCAGAACAUUGAUGAACUGAUGCUGAGUGCUGGGGAUCAUGUAUAUGUUGACCGAAUACAAUCAGUAGAUGCUUGCAGUGGCUGGGUGAUAGGUGUCUCCCACCGAACUGGGUGCCGGGGAUUUCUUCCUGAGAAUUACACAGAAAAAGCCAAUGAAUCUGAUACCUGGGUAAAGCACAGAGAAUAUUUUUUUACUCUAGCUUCAGAACAGUCUCCCAAGAAUCAAACUGAACUAAGCAUUAAACAGAAGAACCCAAGUCCGCUGCCAAGGAAUGUAGCCAAAAUGUCUGCUCCACAGUUUUUUGGGAAAGGCCCAGCUCAAAGAAGCCUUUUGGUGAUCCGCCAUGGAGAAAGGGUAGAUGAGGUGUUUGGGAAGUCUUGGCUUCAGCAGUGUUUUGCUGCCAAUGGGAAAUAUUAUCGAGCAGACCUGAAUUUCCCUUCCAAUCUACCAAACCGAAAAGAUGGUAUCAACACUUUUGAACAUGAUCCUCCUUUAUCAUCCUGUGGUAUAUUCCAGUCUAAACUAAUUGGUGAAGCUCUGCUAGAGAAGGAGGUGAUGGUUUCCUGUGUAUAUUCUUCUCCAGCACUGCAUUGUAUCCAGACUGCUCAGCAUUUGUUAGAAGGUCUUCAGCUGGAGCAAAGAGUUCAGAUUCGUAUUGAACCAGGCCUCUUUGAAUGGACUAAGUGGGAGGCAAACACAACAAUUCCCUCGUUUAUGACAGAAAGAGAACUGACAGAAGUAAAUUAUAGCAUAGAUACCACAUACAGAUGUAAUUUUCCUCUCUCUUCUCUGAUGCCAUCUGAAGGAUAUGAGGACUAUACUAACAGAUGCUCUGCAAGUAUAAAACACAUCAUUGGCUCCAGUGCAACUGAAGGCAACAUCCUAAUUGUUGGCCAUAGUUCAUCUCUGGAUUCCUUCACCCGGCCAUUAUUGGGUCUUUCUGCCAGGGAGAGCAAUGAUUUUGCACAGUUUGUCCGAAAGAUACCGUCACUGGGAAUGUGUUUCUGUGAAGAGCGUACACAGGAAAGAAAAUGGCAAAUGACUAAUCCUCCAGUCAAGAUGUUAACCCAUGGAUCAAAUGUUGCAUUUAACUGGAAACACAUCCUUUUGGAAAAUUAAGCAACAUUUAUUUACUCUAAAUAUGAAUUUAUGUUGUACUGAUUCAACAGAAUUACCUAGUUAACCCAAAAUCCUUCCCUGUAAUCUGUUUCUUGCUUACAGCUAAGUAAUAUAACUCAGGAACUGAUUCUGAUGGAAUGGAAAGGAUAUUCUUUGUGUGAAAAUUUAAAUUAAGCAUGUCUGUAAUUCAUUUGGCCAGUAAUUAAUGCAUAACCAUCAUAGUUAUGGAGUGUCACAGUGGCUGCCAGCCCAACCUUUCCAGCCCUAAUCUACUGGGCAGCAGCUGCUGCAGUAGACAGAGAUCCAUUCCUCUAUAGUUCCAGAAGCAGCUGAGUGAUGUUUCCAUUCCCUCCCAUAAGAGAUCUCCAGUAUGACAGUCAAAAGCAGGAUCCCUCUCGCACUUUCCCUUUGCAGCAAAGAUCAUUUCGACCUAACAGAAUUUUGACCCAGGUUUUCAGAUUUUUUAAAGUAAUCCAGGGGAAGAAAGAAAUGCAGCUAAGAAAUAAAAUCUGUACAUUUCAGUUUUAACAAUGCAUACUGCUUCCACCAAAUAACUGCAGCAGCAAUGAAAUACAGUAAUUGUUAAAUGAUUUGCAACACAUUUUAAGAAACAAGAACAACCUUAUCUACUGCUGUUGCAAAAAUUGUGUAUUGUGAUAAAACCAACUUUACAUUUCAGCCUAGUACCGGCUUUACAUUUCCUGAGCUGGUAUUAAUGUGAUAAAACUAUUAUCAUUACAGUUGGUACUCUCAUCCUAAGAUAAGACAGCACACAUAUUGAUUCAGUUAUUCAUGUUCUCAGUUACAUGGAAACUGUCUUUUGUGCAGAGAAGGAAAUACCAUCUUCACAUAACUUUUUCUGCUUUUAGUAUACCAUUACAGGUGAUUAUCACACGGUAUACAGGAUGUCAUUCUUCUGCCCUUCCUUCGGAGGGACUUUCAUUUAACAUCGCACUUAUCUGGACAUUGUCCCAUCCAGAAAACACUAAGGACAGUGAUCGCACAAAAGCUUUUCAAAUGAUGCCAUGCUGAUCCUGGCAUUGUCUCGUCAUUGAAGUGGCUUUGCCCCAGCAUUUUGGAUUAACGAGAGUUCGCAUUAAUGCAAUGCCACUUCAAUGACAGGAUCAGCAUGUCUGAUAUGAAAGACUUUCAUGCGAUCCCACCUACCCCCCAAUGGAUGGAAGAGUGAUCCUGUCCCUAUUUCAUCUGAGUGUAAUAAUCUCCACAGUCAUGGAUGGAGAAUGUUCAUUAGAACUCAGUGGUGCACAUUAGGCAAGGCAAAUGGCCCUGAUAUGGAUGUAGAUGGUGGGGUUUUUUUAGUGUUUUUAUUUGCUUGUGUAAAGCACCUUCACUCCAUUUUUCUACCAAAUAGUUUUCUUCAGUUUUUUCCCCCAGAGAAUCUGUACAAGCAAGACACAGUCUGCCUAAAAGCUUAACAUUUGGAACUCUGGCAUUAAAGGAAAGGGAAACAAGAAAAAUUAAGGAACAAUUUUUUUAAAGAGCUGGCUCCACUCAGUGGGGCAAAUGUGUUGGGAAGUGAAGUAUUUCUUGCUGUGGUUCCUGAAGUGUUUAAAAACAUUCAAAUGAUGUUUCUGUUGUCUUGGACCUUUUUCUGCUGUUCCCAGUAUGGGCUGCAACAUUUUAUUCCCAACAUGUUGAGAAAUAUCAAAACAAUAUGUUUCCUUUUCUUCUCUUCCUUUUUUAUUUAUAUUUAUUUUAGAACUAUAGUGCUAUAAUGUCUCGGUGCAUUAAAAGGACACUUUUGCAGCAUAACUCAGAUAGUCCAAAAAUAUUAAAAAGAGGAUACAAUUUGUCCUUCACAGCAUAGGGGCACUUUAGCAACUAUGCUGCAGUUUAAAAACACCAAUAUAAGAGCCCUACUGAAGAUCCAAAGGAAAAAAAAGGUACAAACGGUUCCCUAAAGAAUGGAACAAGAGGUGACAACAACCCAUAUGUAAGAACGCAUAUUUCUUUAGACCAGUCUGGAACAGCCCAUCAUCAUGUUUUGAAAACCUUAUUUGAAACAUGCCCACAAAGGUUAUAACUCAAGGCUACUUCAUGUAAAAUAGCCUUGAUAGGGCCUGUCAAGUAACACUUGCUGCAGAGCUGUAGUCUAUUGUGUUUUUUGCUUCAUGUGUUAUAUACAACAUGUUUCCAAAAUAUCUAUAUUUAUUAUAAACUGGGUUUGAUCCAGACUUAAUAAUACUGGCUCCUGCUUUGGGUUUAAUCUGAACUUCAAAGGAGGUACCAAAAGUGCUGAAUGCCACCCUCAAAAUAUAUUCAGACCCUUGGACUAAAACCUGGAACAAAUUCACCAUAACGCCUCAACUGCUACUGUGUGUAUCUGUGUUGUUGUUAUCUGCCUUCAAGUCAUUUUCAACUUAAGACCCUGUCACAAGUUUUUCUGGGGCUGAGAGUACCACUCCCCCAGGAGGUUUCCAUGGCCGAGCAGAGAA